AUGAAAUAUAAUAUUUUAAUAAUUUUGAUUAUUUCCUUAUUUAUCAAUGAAUUGAGAGCUCUUAAUUGUCCUGCUGGUACUUAGACACAGGCAGGAUUAUUUGAAGAUGGUGAUCUAGCAAAUUGUACUCAUUGCAGAGCUAACUUUUACUAUAAUGGUGGUAAUCCUGCAGGUGAUGCUGUUGGUGCAUAGGCUUUCACACCAGGUGCUGCUAACGCUACUGGUUAAUGCGUAGCUUGCUAAGUAAAUAGGGAAGGUUCUGCAGGUACACAAGGUGCUGCUGCUAAUUUAGCCACAUAAUGUAGCGUUGCAUGCCCUGCUGGUACUGCAGUUGCUGAUGGAUAAACACUUAAUUUUGCAUUAUCUGUGGCAUAAUGUACUCAUUGCAGAGCUAACUUUUACUAUAAUGGUGGUAAUCCUGCAGGUGAUGCUGUUGGUGCAUAGGCUUUCACACCAGGUGCUGCUAAUGCUACUGGUUAAUGCGUAGCUUGCUAAGUAAAUAGGGAAGGUUCUGUAGGUACACAAGGUGCUGCUGCUAAUUUAGCCACAUAAUGUAGCGUUGCAUGCCCUGCUGGUACUGCAGUUGCUGAUGGAUAAACACUUAAUUUUGCAUUAUCUGUGACAUAAUGUACUCAUUGCAGAGCUAACUUUUACUAUAAUGGUGGUAAUCCUGCAGGUGAUGCUGUUGGUGCAUAGGCUUUCACACCAGGUGCUGCUAACGCUACUGGUUAAUGCGUAGCUUGCUAAGUAAAUAGGGAAGGUUCUGUAGGUACACAAGGUGCUGCUGCUAAUUUAGCCACAUAAUGUAGCGUUGCAUGCCCUGCUGGUACUGCAGUUGCUGAUGGAUAAACACUUAAUUUUGCAUUAUCUGUGACAUAAUGUACUCAUUGCAGAGCUAACUUUUACUAUAAUGGUGAUGCUAAUUUUGUAGCAGGUACUAAUCAAUGCACAGCUUGUCCAGUAGGUGCAAAUAAAGGUGCAGAUGCAGCAGCCGCUUAAGGUAAUGCCGCUAAAAUAAAAACAUAAUGCAACGUUUUAUGUCCUACUGGCACUUCAAAUGCUAAUGGAGAUACAUUUUGGACAGCAGCAAUAACUGAUUGUGUUAAUUGUGCUGCUAAUUUUUACUUUAAUGGUGCUUUCAAUGCAGGUACUAGUUAAUGCAUAUAAUGUCCAGUAAGUAAAGCUAAUCCUGCAACUGCUCCAGGUGGUAGUGCUAGUUUAUCAACAUAAUGUAACUCCGCAUGCCCUACUGGUACAGUACUUGAUGAUGGAACAACAACUAAUUAUACAACUUAAGCAAAUUAAUGUACUAAAUGUGCUGUUAACUUUUUCGCAUCAAAAACAACUGGUUUUGUAGCCGGUACUGAUACAUGUACUGAAUGUACUAAAAAAUUAACUUCUGGGGCUACUGCUAAAGUAUUUGCUGAGGCUACUCAAAAAAUAUAAUGCGCCGCGACCACUUUUGCUAAAUUUUUAUCAAUUUCCUUAUUAUUUGUUUCUUUCUAUUUGUUGUGA